AUGAUCAUACACUUUCAAGAGUUCAUUUUUUUGGCCUUGACCACAGUUUGCAGCGGUGAUCAGCAGCUACUCAAUUUUGUUCGUACCGAACGGGCUGCUAUUUAUCAGAGCCAUUCAGUUCCACCUCAAUCAUUUUUAUUUGUCAACGGUUCAAUUCCAAUGCCAAAGGAAGCAAUUCGACCUUUUGAAAGGUCACUUCGAGAUGGCACAAUGACGAUAGAUGUAGCUGUUGCCCUGUGGAUUCCAGGAGGUGGUGUUCCUGCUAUUUGGGGGCGAGCCUGGGAAGAAAAUGGCGGGAUGAAAGCUGUAUUUAUUUUUGGUAAUGCGGUUAAAGUUCUAAAUCGGGGUUUCCGAUUGCUGAUUUACAAUGGUUCACCAAACAGUAACGGAUUCAAGUUUAUGUGGAUGCGGGUUAAAGACGUUGAUCAUGGUACCAUACUGUUUUCCGGGACAAAUAUGCAUACACCAGCUGUAUUCUCAGAAGAUGGCCAAUACGAGUUCCUUGGUGACGCCGACUGGCAGAAAAGAAGAAUGGAAUUUGUUAAAUAUGGUUCUGAUGAACCGCAUACAGUAGGAAACUAUGGUGGGAAGCGAUAUUUCGAUGAUGAUGUAUAUGUGCUCACUAAACAACGCUGUAAUUGUCAGUGUUAA